ACGUCAACCGAGACACGAGUCUUAACAACAGAACAUCUGCUAAACAUUUAAUAUUAUUUUUCUCUUCAAGCUUCUUUUACACUAUGUAAUAUCCUUUAGAAAUACGCUCAAGUAUAUGUGAUAUGAUGAAGACAAGCAUAAUUUAAUAAUGCAGGGAAAUUGUCAUUAAUAUUAAAGUUUAUCUCCACGCUUAGCAAAUGCGAUUAGGAGCCAAACUUUCCCUUUGUCAAAACAGUGUGAAUGUCUUAAGCGGAGAAAUACACAUUUUUCACCACCAUGAGUGUUGAUACAGAGCCAUUAGAGUUUGAUUCAAUGGACCUCCUGUCCCUCUACACGGUCAUGGCGGUGAAGAGACUUGUGGUCAGCAAAAAUCCAGUCGUAGAGGAGCUAAAGAAAAUUUCAGAUGUUGCUGAGCGGAACAUAACCAGGCUGAACAUAAACAGGAAGUGGUUCUUCGAAGUGCUGAGGGACCAUGCACGGCUGUAUGAAGAAGAAUGGUCACAUGCAUUAGGACUCGAGGGAAUGGGGUCCUUUUGCUUCAACACAUACCUGUUGGUUGUUUCCCUACGGCUGGGGAUGGAGAAGAUCUGGGACUCUGAGGAAUUCCAGAUUCACGAGGAGGAAGAGCUUAAGGACAUCCUGGAGAAGCUGUGCCCCAAGUUGCCUCUCCGCGAGCUCAAUCAGCUUUACCCGAUGUUCGAGUACUAUGCCCAGAAGUCUCCCAACUUGGAGGUGGUCCACAUGCCCCGCAGCGACAAUAAUUCGUUCAAGAGAGUCAUGGCUUACAGAAAUCUGCGUGUGCUAACUCUUGCCGGAGGAGUUUCAGAUAAGGUCCUAUGCAACUGCUUGUGGGGUAUAGACAAAAGGAGUGAUAAAGUGUUGGAUUUGGUCCUCAAAGGCACAAAGGCUACCUCAUCUGUGCAGUUGUCACUUCCUCACCUAGAGGUUCUGCGCAACAACAUACGGAGGAAGAACUCAAAUACAAUGCGCGUUAGUUUAGGAGCAGUGGCACUUGUUCUCCAGCCAAAACUAGAGGAAGUCGAGACACUGGAGUACUGGGAUACCUAUGAUGCAGUCCUGUAUCUCUUGACUAUGGAAGACAAGUAUAAGACCACAACCAGCAGUACCAGGAAGCUAAAUGUGAAGUGCCUACCAGUAGAUAAUAGAACCUAUACAGGAUCUGGCCUCAGACGAGUGAUAGAUGCCUGUCCCUUAUUGUCAGAAUUUUCAAUGUUUGGUGAAGGGACCGUUAGCACCAGACUGUUAUGG